AAAUCAGUACAAAUGAUAUACUUAGUCAAGCUUUAGGGACUCCUGAAUCCUAUGGGCGUGUACGAGCUAGAGGACGUAAUGUUGGAUUUAGAGAUUGUUUUCCAAAGUCAAAAGGUGGUGUACGAUCACUUCAUGAAAGACAAAUAAUUUAUGAAAAUGAGACACGGCGAAAAUAUGAAAUAGAAAUUGAAAGUUUGAAGAAGCGCACAAAUGACAUUGAAAACAAUUUUAAGGCAGUGAUGAAGGCGCUUGAAGAGAAGUCACAUGGUCAUCAAGGUUUAUCCACUGAUAUUGAAGCUCAUUUUUCUCCAAACAUGGUACAAGAAAAUGAAUAUGAAGAUAUAGCCAAUGAUCAUGUAGAACAAGAACAUGUGGAACACAAUAUAGAAGAUAAAAGUGAUUAUCACAAUUUGGUACAAGAUGAGUCAUUCAUUGAUGUUAUUGUGACACCAAAUGAAGGUACAUGGAGUCAGUUUGAUUUGGAAAAUCUCGUUGAUAAACAGGCAACAAGAUGUGUUCUUUUGGAUUCCAUACAUCGUAAGGUUGCCAAAGGUAUUAUUAGACAAGCUGCUGAAGUUCAUAAUAAACCAUUAGAUGAAAAUAGUUACCGAAUAGAAGUUAAUGAACUCUUGAUUCCUGAUGCUUUAAUACCUGAGGCAAUUGAUCCUGAUGAGAUUUACUUGGUUAAACAUGUCUUUAGAUCUUAUGUGGCAUGGCCAAAACAUCUUGUUGUUUUAGAGGGUGAACAAAUUAAAAAAUAUACACCAAAGAAAAAAAGCACCAACAGAAAAAAAACCCAGCCAAUUCUACCUAAAACACAACCACAACCACAACAAGAGACUAGUUUAGCUUCUUCAAGCUCUAGUGCAAGGCCACCACAAAAUUCACAAAAAAUAACUAUCAUAGAUGAUGUUCCCACAAAUUUAAAAGCAAUGUGGAAUGAUAUUAUGAAAAAAUCUGAAUCAUUUAUGAUUAGUGUGCCUGUGAACGAACACAUGUUUGGUAUUAAAGAGUAUAACAUAGCAGUGAUUAAAGAAGAUGCUGAGUUUAUGGUAUAUUUUGACAACAUCACAGCUGCUUGUAUAUCACUAUAUAUGAGGUUUUUAUAUACAAUACUUGUGGAGAAUGAAAGAAUGCAUUUAUUUACAUUCUUGGAACCUCAACUUUUAGCUGCAAUACAAGGGAGAACACAUGAUGAUAGAGCUAGAGAUCUUGCUAAAAGACUUGGAGAAAUUAUACCAGGACAACAACUCAUGGCAACCUUAAAUAAUGGGAUACAUUGGAUGUUCUUGUUGAUUGACGUAUCUAAAGAGAUAGUAUACUUUUUUGAUCCCCUUGGAGGCUAUAUUUCUGAAGAUUGUAAGAAUGUUGUAGGAAAUUGCAUUUCAAUUACAUAAUUUAACAAAGGGCAAAAGAAUGAAACAAGAUUCAUUACAAUGGUAUAAUGUUAAGUGCCCUCAACAACAAGAUUUUAAAACAUGUGGCUUUUACGUUUGCGCCAUGAUGAGAGAUCUUGUGUUUGAACCUCAACCAAGUAGUUAUAUAAAAUCAAAGUGUAAUAAUCAACAAUUUUACUCAAAGGAUCAACUGAAUGUGGUUCGACGUGAGUGGGCGACACAUUUAAACAACUUUAAAAUUUAGAGAAAAGAUGCUAAAUCAAUAUUUUAAAUUUAUAUAUGCACAUUUUGAGCUAUAUUAUUGUAAUUGAUUUUCUUAAAGAGAUUUGGAAUUUUUAUUUGUACUAAUUAGUAUUACUCUUGAAUUUGUAAACUUUUAAUGCAACCUACAUUUUUUUUUUGUUUCUUCUGGUUUUGUGGCUUUUAAUUAAUUAUAUUAUGGUAUUUGUUUAUAAAAAGAAAAUACUCAUAUAACAACACUAGUCAUAUAAGUGUUGCUAGAAGUCUAACUAGAAAAAUUAAUAAAGCAACACUUAUAAUAAAAGCGUUGCUAUACAUGACUUUUAAAAAGUUAAGUAUGGUAACAUUCUUAAUAAAAGUGUUGCCAAUUAUUAUAUACAUAAAAAACAUUUAGCAACACUUUUAAAAGUAGUGUUACAAUAUAUUGUUUUUAAAACAUUAAUUAUCAUCAUAAGGCAACACUUAUAUAAGUGUCAUCUUAUAUACUAACUUUUUAGCAACAGUCUAGGAGACAACACUUUUAUAAGUGUUGUCUUUUAAUUUCUUUUAGAUAAAUAAAAGUGUUGCUAGAA